CUGCGUUUUGUUGUCUACACUACUAGAAAACAAAUUUGUUGGACAUCACUGAUUGCAAAGCAUCGAGAUCGCGAGAGGGGCAGGUCGUGGGGCGGAGCUACAAGCAAAGGCGUGUGUGCGAGACGUCAAGUGAACACACCACCAAAAAUUGAGAAGAAUUGCGAAUGAAACCAUAAAACAAGAGAUUAUGACUGAUGAGCGGUAUGACGGCAGUCCAGGACAACAAGGUCAACACACCAACUUGGCUUCCCAGCAACUUCAAGAGCUCUUUCAUCGCUUCGAUAGAGAGAGGAAGGGUUACUUGACGCUCGAAGAUCUAGAGUUGUUCUGUAGCAGCACAAUGGGAAUGGAGAAAGAAAAGGUCCCGUCCAUGUUUGCUCAGUUAGAUCAAGAUGAAGAUGGGCGGGUCACGUUUGGAGACUUUAGUCAUCACUGGCAGAGUGUCACUCAACACAGUCUGUUGACUCCUUCUUCUCCUCCUCCUCGACUGCUUCUUUCUCCUGAUUCCGAUGAUGGUGAUGGUGGUGAUGAUUGUGAUGGUGGUGAGAAUGAUGAUGAUAGAACUGAAGUUGCACCGAAAUUUGUUCUGAACGAGAAGCGAUUCGGACGAAGAUCUAGGCCUGAAAGCAAUAAGAAGCAGACGAGUAGUGUAAGAAGUGAAGCUCACGAUCAACAACAACAAGACUGUGGGUCACCCGACCUGGCAAGCCAGAUAGGCUCGAUUCGAUCAAGCAGCUUGCUAGCAAGAUUUGGCUUAGGAGACAUGUGUCAUUCAUCUCCUGUAAUACAGAGAAGAACAUUUUCAUUCGACCCUGAAACCUGUGGCUCACCAACACAAAGUCGGAUGAUUAUUAAAUCUUUAUCGGCUACCGAUAGUCGAGACUCGGUUUUUGAAGAACUGGGCAAGGAUGAGUCUGUAUUGUGGACUCCAAGCAGUCAUUACAGCUGUUCUUCACAGUCUCCUACUGGUGAUGAGAUGAGUAUGAUUAAGGCAAUCUUUGAUAAAUAUGAUAUCGAUGAUGAUGGUCUCAUCAAUAAACAAGACCUUUCAGACGUGUGCGAUAGCUUGAGAAUGAGUCAAACGGACGAGCAGCUGUCUGAGCUGUUUGAAAUGUUGGAUGAAGACAAAGAUGGUCGAGUGUCAUUCAAUGACUUUUGCAAAAAGAUGAUUGUAGUUAAGGAAACGUAUGAAUUAGAGAGCCCUACGUCUGCUUCACAGUCCUUACUGUUUGAGGUUGCAAGUAGUACACCCAUGACCGGUCACACUCAGUCUCGUGUUGCUACUCCUGCCCUUAUUGGAACGAGCCUUUUAGCUAAGAAGUCGGCUAUUGUAGAAGAUCUGUUUCAUAAACUGGACACAGAUAAUAAAGGGGUUGUUCAACGGGAUGGUCUCAUUUCUAUGUGGAUGGAUCAAAGUGGUGAUCCUCACAACGAACAGCAUCAACAAAUAACUCGAUUUUUGCAGGGUCUUGAAACAGAUGAAAAUGGUCACGUCAGUGUUGAGGAGGUGACUUUUGGAAUGCAAGCAGCCCUCAUGGAUGACCAUUAUCGUGAUAGUCGAGAUCCCGCUCUCCGCAUGUACUUGACAGGCAUUCGGCACCUUCGAAGUCGUUUGGUGACUGUACAGUUAGAAUUUGAAAAGCUUCAAGCCGAUUUCUCAGCUUUGUCAGAGGAGAAGGGUCGUUUGGUUCGACUGAGUGAUGAAGAAGCAGAUCAGCUACGACGAGAACAUAAACAAGAUAGAGAAAGUGAUGAGGUCAAGUUUCAGGAGAAAACUCAACAACUAGAAAGAGAUCACCGUUAUGAACAGGAAAUGGUUGAACAUCAAGCACAGAAACAGAUUAGACAACUUGAAGAAGAAAUUGAGAACAUGAAGCUGGCUGAUGAAAAUAUGAAACUGAAGAUCAGGGACCUCGAAGAGGACAAACAGUUGCUUGAGAAAGAUCUCCAAGUAUAUGUUGAUCAAACAGAAGAAAAAGAUCGACUCAUUGAACAGUUACAGAGAGAGCUGGAUGAGCAAGAUGCAGCAUGCAGUACACAUGACCUUCAUGGGGUGUUGGAUGACGAUGAGCAAGACGACACUAGAGAGUUGAAAGAACAAAUUUCUAAGCUCACCAAAGAAAUUGCAACACUGCGAGAUGCUUUUGAUGAACGUGUUGCUGAGAUCGGAUUAUAUAAACAGCAGCUAUUACAUGAAAGGCGUAAGUCUCAACGUGAAGGUCGACGGCGGCGUCCCAGCAGUGGGAGUGCAUCAACCGUACGACGUGCUGGAUCAAAGGUUGGUGAUUACAUGAAAAAACGCAAAGAAUCAGCUGGAUCGACAUCAGCAGAUGAUACUGAUGGCAGUCGCCCAAAAUCACGUGAUGAUGGUGUUGUGGUAUCUCCAACUCCACCACCAGCUAUUGAAAGAACCAGUGCAGAUGGGGAUUCAUCCGAAGAUGAAGAAGCACUGCUUAAUCAGGAAGAUGAUGAAGAUGACGAUGAAGACCUUAUUGCCAAGUAUGUUGCUCGUAUUAAAGAGCUUGAGUCAGAAAAGUCACACGUAGAAGCUGGUUUCCAGGAAAUGCUUGAUCAGAAGACUACUGAUCUUCAACAGAAGAAUAAGAAGUUGAUUGCUGAAAACGAGGAAUUGACUGUUACAAACAACAAACUAUCAACAGAGGCCUUGUCUUUUCAAGCAAUGGCAGAAGGUACUGUUAGUGUCAAUUCUGAACUGCAGGGUAUUGUUAUGGAGAGACAAGAGCUCUCUAUUAGGGUACAACAUCUCGAAGUUAAGUUGGCAAAUGCACAAGAGGCUAAUGAAGGGCUGAGACAACAGAACAACGAGUUAAAUGUGAAGAGACAGGAACUUCUUGCAGACAGAAAUCAGUUUCUGUUAGAUAUUGACAAAUUGGAGAAAGAAAAUCAUCAAAUCCAAUUGCAGCAUAAUACAGAUAUGGAAGAAAUGCAGGAGAGAUUGACAAAAGAAAGGGACACAACUGUGAGCAAGUUGCAAGAGGAAGCUGACAGUUUUCGAAGUGACAUUGGUAGACUGAGGAAAGAGCACGAUGAUGAGCUACAAAGACAGAGAGAGCAGUUUGUAGAGGAGAAAGAAGAAGUGAGACAUCAAGUGGCUGAGAAUUAUCAAUUGCAGCUCGAGAAGGCACACGCUACUGUAGAAGAGAUGAGAGCAGAAGAGGAGGGACUCAAGUUAAGUGCAAGAGUUCUGUCUGAGGAGAAUCAUCAAUUGAAACAGCAACACAAUUUAGAAAUGACAGAAACACAAGACAAACUAAGAGAGCAAUGCCAGCAAGUUGAAAGCCUUCAAAAUGAUUUACAAAUAUUGAAGGCAGAAAAUGCAGAGACAAUACAGAAGCAGAAAGAGCAGUUUGAUGAAGAGAAGAAAGAACUUGAAUUGACUUUGAGUGAGCAAAUCGUAACAGAAACUACAAAAGUCAAGCAUCAGGUACUUGAAGAAUGCAAAGAACAGAUCGAUGAAUUGCAGAGCAGUCUAGAACAAAGUGAAGCAGAGAAGGAGGAAUUAAAGAGUCAGGUUUCAGCUCUAGUGCAAGAGAAGAGUCUGAUUGAGGCAUCUUUGGGUGAGACUUCUGUUGAAUGGCAGCAGCUGAAAGAUCACAACACUUAUCUCGAGCAGUGCCUGACAGAGGCAAAACAGCAAAUUGUUCAUAUCACAAGUGAAAAUACCACUCUUUGCACACAAAUCGAACAGGAGACUGACACAGCAAGGGAUGUACAAGCACAGCUGCGUGAAACUAAAGCUCAUCAAGACAGUCUGGUGAAGGACCGACACCAUGUGAUGGAACAAUUGAACAACACCCAAGAAACGUUGUCGACUACUGCUCAGGAGAGGGACUAUUGGAGGCUUCAAGUCGACACUUUGAAGCGUACCGUAAGAGAAAGAGAUCAGUCGAUUAGCAAACUUGAAGAGAGCUCUAGGCAAGAUGUGGAUAAGGAAGCACAGCUACAUGACGAAAACACAAAACUCAAAGCAGAUUUAAGAGAGCAGUCUUUGUAUGUCAUCAACCUGGAAACCAUACUUGGUAAAUAUUCGGCUGAAUCAACAGAGCAAAGACUUAUUGAAGGAGCAGAAAUGAAGCAGCGUCUCGAGCAGCUCGAGGAGGACAACAAAUCACUCCGUCGUCAACUUACACCCGUGAAGAAGCAAUCCCUACAUCGUUUCACUUCGCCAAAAACAGAACGAGAUAACGAGGCUUUAAGACUUGAAAACUCUGCCCUAACCAGAGCAGUAAAAGCAAGCCAUCAAAACCUGCAACAACUCCAAGAUAAAUGGCAAGAGCUUAAUGAUCAGAACAAAGCUCUAUUAACAUUAGUUCAAAAAGUUGCUCAGAAAGCGUGUGUUCUCUAAUUAUACACUAAAACUGAUUACUUUCCCCGUUAGCUACAAUAUUUUUCUAGUGACAUUUGAUUCAUAUGCAGCAGGUAUGAACUUUUAAGUACUUUAGUAUGGUUUGGCAGUUCCUAUUUCUAGACAGCAUUUUUGAUCAGGUCUAACUUGAUUUCAAUACUCUCAUUCAUAACAGUUUAAUUAGCACGUUGUUUCAGCUGUCUAAUUUUGUUACACAAGUAGCAAAAGGUGCCUACAGCCGGACUGCAGUGUAGAAAUACAAUUAUGAAUAUAUGGUAUUGUA